GUGGUGGUGAAAGUGUGUCAGAUUGUGCACGUUUAAGGUCCGACGCACUAUGACACGAACAUAGCUGCACCUGUGGAGAUCCCCGUCUUCAAAACGGAGCUGCGUGCAGGUGGGAGUACGGAAAUACCUGAUGGAAGCUACAGGUGGAACUAAGAUGCGAAUUUUGCUGUUGGGGAUAUUGCUUCUGCUUCUGGACGGGAUCCAAGGAACGUCUGCACAGUCAGGAGCGACACCAGUGAGUGGCACGACACAGGCUCGGAACACGGCCGGGGAAACAGGACCCGCUCUGAACGCUACAUCGGCCCCUUCCACAAACGUUACAACUGCCGCGCCCAAAAUCACGACGGUACACCCGGAAAAUGCUACAACGGUUCUACCAGAGAGUGCCACUGCAACUACACAGGGAAAUGCCACGAUGUCAACAUCUACGGCAUCUGUAACAAACGCCACAGCACCAGCGGCACCUGUAACAAACGCCACAGCACCAGCGGCACCUGUAACAAAUGCUACAGCACCAGCAGUACCUGUAACAAAUGCCACAAUGCCAACAGCACCUGUAACAAAUGCCACAAUGCCAACAGCACCUGUAACAAAUGCUACCAUGCCAGCCGCACCUGCAACAAAUGCUACAAUACCAGUGGGACCUGUAACAAACGCCACAAGACCAGCAGCACCUGCAACAAAUGCUACAAUACCAGCGGCACCUGUGACAAACGCCACAGCACCAGCGGUACCUGUAACAAAUGCUACAAUGCCAGCAGCACCUGUAACAAAUGCCACAACUCCAGUAGCACCUGUCACAAAUGCUAGAGCAUCAGCGGCACCACCUACAAUACCAGCGGUCACAAAUGUCACUACUGCUGGUCAAGUUGCAAGUGUCGCGGUGUCCCUGAGUCUGACAAGUGAGACCUUCCAACCUGCCCUUAACGACCCCAGCUCUUCGGCUUAUAGGACCCUCGCCUCUAAUGUGGAAUCAAGUCUCAACUCAGCACUGAGCAGCACGCCGGGAUACAUCAGCUCUCAAGUGACAGGCUUUAGGUCUGGAAGUGUCAUAGCGGACACGAGCAUCAGCUACAGGUCUGGUGGGUCAGCCCAGGGCUCGCCUGAUGUCAGGUCGGCCAUACAGAACACUCUCACUGCAGCCGUGGCCGGCGGGUCCCUGGGAAGCUUCACAGUAGACCCGAGCUCACUAGCCUUCACCGACCCGACAACGGUCAGCCCUACCCCGGGGGGUGGAGGUGGGGGUGGAGGCGGGGGUUUGGGAGUGGGCAUCGGUGUGACCGGCGCGCUCUUUCCAACGACAGGAUCGGGCGACUCAGCGAUGUCUGAACCGGGAAGUAGUACAACGGCACGUACCCCUGCAAACAUGACAGCGGGUAUGCCAAGACCUAAUGUUACACUGGCUACAGUGGAAACUACAACAAUGCCUCGUCCGGAAAAUGUCACGUCACCUCGAUCAGACAAUAUCACGAUGUCUCACCUGCAGAAUUUUACAACUCCUCAACCAGAUGGUGUUACAACGCCUCGUCCUGAAAACGUUACAUCGCCUCGACCAGAUGGUGUUACAACGCCUCGUCCUGAAAACGUUACAUCGCCUCGACCAGAUGGUGUUACAACGCAUCGUCCUGAAAACGUUACAUCGCCUCGACCAGAUGGUGUUACAACGCCUCGUCCAGAAAACGCCACCAUGGCUCAGUCUCCAAGCGUUUCAUCUGGUGCUCCUGACAAUGUGACAAUGACACCUUUACAGCCACCGAUCACCACAUCUUCUCCAGUUGUAACAACAACAACAACAACAGAUACAACUACAGCAGCUGAGCCUCCCAAACUUGAGGUUUCCCUGAAGCUGACCAGCGUGCCGUUCACACCUUCUCUUAAUAACCCAGAAUCUCCGGAGUUCAAGAAUCUGGCAUCAAAUGUUGAAGACACGUUCGACCAACUGUUUGCAAACAAUCCUGGGUAUGUCAGGACUAAUGUUCGCGGAUUUAGACAGGGCAGUGUUAUCGCUGAUACGGAGGUAGUUUUAGAAGACACCGGAGACUCUGGUCCGGACGUGUCUGCCGUCAGUGCGUCCAUACAGAACACCCUAACGUCAGCCGUCUCCAAUGGCUCACUGGGAAACUUCACGGUGGAUCCCAGCUCACUGACCAUCACCACACCGACAACUGCUCGGCCUACUGUUACACCAAACGUUACAGCGACACGACCAGACAACGCAACCAGUCCUCGAAUGGACGGGGUUACAACGCCUCGAUCAGACAACGUUACGAUGGGCCGCCCUGAAAACGCCACAUCACACCGACCAGAUGGUGUUACAACGCCUCGCUCUGAAAACGUUACAUCUCCCCGACCGGAUGGUGUUACAACGCGUCGUCCAGAAAACGUUACAUCGCCUCGACCAGAUGGUAUUACAACGCCUCGCUCUGAAAACGUUACAUCGCCCCGACCGGAUGGUGUUACAACGCCUCGUCCUGAAAACGUUACAUCGCCUCGACCAGAUGGUGUAACAACGCCUCGCUCUGAAAACGUUACAUCACCCCGACCAGAUAGUGUUACAACGCCUCAUCCUGAAAACGUUACAUCACCCCGACUGGAUGGUGUUACAACGCCUCGUCCCGGAAACGUUACACAACCCCGACCAGACAGUGUUACAACGCCUCGUCCCGAAAACGCCACAAUGGUUCAGUCUCCAGACGUUUCAUCUGGUCCUCCUGACAGCGUCACGAUGACGCCUUUACAGCCACAAACCACAACUGCACCAACUGAAACAACAACGACAGGUGCAACUACAACGGCAGCACCCCCGAAACUUGAGAUUUCACUGACGUUUACCAGUGUGACGUUCACGCCUACUCUCAACGACAAAAACUCUGCGGAGUUUAAAAAUCUGGCAGCUAAUGUUGCAAACACGUUUGACUUGUUAUUUGUCAACGUACAAGGAUACGUCAAGACAAUUGUCCUCGGAUUUAGACAGGGCAGUGUUAUCGCAGAUACGGAGGUAGUUUUAGAAGACACCGGAGGCUCUGGUCCGGACUUGUCUGCCGUCAGUGCGUCCAUACAGAACACCCUAACGUCAGCCGUCUCCAAUGGCUCCCUGGGAAACUUCACGGUGGAUCCCAGCUCACUGACCAUCACCACACCGACAACUGCUCGUCCUACUGUUACACCAAACGUUACAGCGACACGGCCAGACAACGCAACCAGUCCUCGAAUGGACGGGGAUACAACGCCUCGAUCAGACAACGUUACGAUGGGUCGUCCUGAAAACGUUACAUCGCCCCGACCGGAUGGUGUUACAAUGCCUCGUCCUGAAAACGUUACAUCACCCCGACCAGAUGGUAUUACAACGCCUCGAUCUGAAAACGUUCCAUCACCGCGUCCUGAAAACGUUACAUCGCCCCGACCGGAUGGUGUUACAAUGCCUCGUCCUGAAAACGUUACAUCAUCCCGACCGGAUGGUGUUACAACGCCUCGUCCUGAAAACGCCACAAUGACUCCGCGUGAAGACGUUACAUCCGGUCCUCCUGACGUCAUCAGGACGCCUUUACAGCCACAAAUCACCACCACUGCUACAAAGAGUGAAACAACAACGACAGGUGUAACCACAACGGCUGAACCCCCGAAACUUGAGAUUUCACUGACGUUUACCAGUGUGACGUUCACGCCUACUCUCAACGACAAAAACUCUGCGGAGUUCAAGAAUCUGGCAGCUAAUGUUGCAAACACGUUUGACUUGUUAUUUAUCAACGUACAAGGAUACGUCAAGACAAUUGUCCUCGGAUUCAGACAGGGCAGUGUUAUCGCAGAUACGGAGGUGGUUUUAGAAGACACCGGAGACUCUGGUCCGGACGUGUCUGCCGUCAGUGCGUCCAUACAGAACACCCUAACGUCAGCCGUCUCCAAUGGCUCACUGGGAAACUUCACGGUGGAUCCCAGCUCACUGACCAUCACCACACCGACAACUGCACGUCCUACUGUUGCACCAAACGUUACAGCAGCCCGACUUGAAAAUACAACCAGACUGCAACCGAGUCCGCCAGAUGUCACUACAAGUCUUCGACCUGACGGGGUUACAACGCCUCGAUCAGACCACGUUACGACGGGUCGUCCUGAAAACGCUACAGCACCCAUACCGGAUGGUGCUACAACACCUCGUCCUGAAAACGUUUCAUCGUCUCGACCAGAUGGUGUUACAUCUCCUCGUCCUGAAAACGUUACAUCACCUAGACCAGAUGGUGUUACAUCGCGUCGUUCUGAAAAUGUUACAUCGCCUCGUCCAGAAAAUGCAUCCUCGCCUCGCCCUACAAUGGCUCGUCCGGACAACAUGACCAGGCCGCCGACAGAGAAUGUCACAAGACCCGAUAUUACAACACCUCGUCAAGAAAACGUCACCAGCCCCCGACCAGAAGUCACAACUCCCAUGGCCACUAGACCAAACGUAACUUCCGCAGAAAAUGUCACGGACAUACGGCCAGAUAUCACAACUCCUAGGGUCACUAGACCUGAGGCAACGUCAGCAGAAAACGCUACCAGGCCUGAAAUAACUACAAGACAAAACGCCACGGGUCGUCGACCAGACCCCACAACUCCUGGCGCGACGAGACCCGACAUAACAACGGGCCAAAACGCCACAACUCUGCGACCUGAUGUUACAACUGCUGGAGCUACCAGACCUGACAUGACUCCCAGAGAAAACGCCACACGUGCCCGUCCAGAUGUCACCAGCCCUAGUGUAACCACACCCGACAUGACUACAGCUACAGCAUCUUCCCUGGCCUUAGCCCUGACGCUGAGUGGCGAGUCAUGGCGGUCCACCCUGAGUAACUCCAGCUCGGCUGACUUUCAGAACCUCGCAUCAACCGUCACGUCUAACUUGCAAACCGAACUGGGGAGCACUCCUGGAUACGUCCGGAGCGAAGUGACAGGGUUCAGGCAGGGCAGUGUUAUAGCAGACGUGAAUGUUUACUACGCGGCGAGCGGCGGGUCCUCUGCGGCGGACGUCGAGAGUUCCCUGCUGACUCAGGCCAAAGCAGCGGUGUCCAGCGGGACCAUUGGCAGCCUCACUGUCGAUCCAACGUCACUGGAUUACCUGUCAGCUACAUCGCCAGGUGUCACACAACCAGCUACAACAGCGGGUGCCUCGCAACCGGCUAUGACGCCAGGUGUCACACAACCGGCUACAACAGCGGGUGCCACACAACCUGCUAUGACCCAAGGGGUCACACAACCAGCUACAACAGUGGGUGCCUCGCAACCGGCAACAACAGCGGGUGCCACACAAUCUGCUAUGACGCCAGGUGCCACACAACCGGCCAUGACGCCAGGUGCCACACAACCAGCUGCAACAGCGGGUGCCUCGCAACCGGCUAUGACGCCAGGUGUCACACAACCAGCUGCAACAGCGGGUGCCACACAACCAGCUAUGACGUCAGGUGCCACACAACCGGCAACAACAGCGGGUGCCACACAACCGGCAACAACGGCGGGUGCCUCGCAACCGGCGACAAGGCCUGUUGCCACCCAGGAAGCGACAUCACCAGCCGAACCGGCGUCAUCACCAGCCACCACUGAUGAGCCAACUACGGCAAAACGUACCACUAAAGCCCCAGCCCAAAAGUUGUCGGUUUCCUUCACGAUGACAAGUUUGACAUAUACUGCAGAUCUCGGCGACAGCAACUCAUCUCAAUUCAAGAGCCUUGCAUUAACUGUAGUAACACAGAUGACGCUUAUACUGAGUUCACAGCCAGGGUUCGUCAGUGUAACAGUCCUACGGUUCCGCCAGGGAAGCGUGGUAGCUGACACAGAGGUUCAGGUGGAGCAACCGUCCAGUGGAGGAGCUGACCUGGCUAACGUCAGCUCAGCCGUACAGGACACGAUAACCACGGCCGUGUCGAACGGGACGCUGGGCAACCUUACCGUGGAUCCGAGCUCUCUACAGAUAUCUCCUGUCACGACGCCGAGCCCAAGUACAACUCCUUCACCAACUGAAGCAGGUCACUACCAGACGGCGUUCAUCUCCUUCGUACUGGACACCAAUGUGGGAGCGGACGCCCUGGACCCCACAUGUCCCUCGCACGACGAACUCACCAGGGAGAUCGAACAAAACCUGGACGCGUUAUUUGCUCAUAUACAAGGGUACAAGUCAGCAAAGGUCGUGUCUCGGAGGAACGUCGAAUCGGACAACAACGUGUACUAGAUUAUACUGAGGACACGUUGAAUGUCAACUUCAAGAAUUCAAAGUUUCUGUCUUGAUCUUUAUUGUUUUAGUUAGACCGAAAUCGUCUUUUGUCUGAUCUUUUAUCUAGAAUAUCUAUAUUUAGGAAACAUUAAAUGUAAAGGAAAAGAAAUAUAAUGGCAAUUUCAUUUAGAACAAAUGUUUCGUGAAUGCAGGUUAUGAUUUGAUAUUAGUUUACGUAUCAACUUAUGAUGGUGUUUUUUUCUCUAUCAGUGGUCUUGGGAACUACUGGGUUUCACAAGUGAUUUAAAAUAAUGAAAUUAUUUAAUACACCCAUACUUAUAAUGUUGUCUGUUUUUUUUUUCUAGUUGCAAAAUUAAAAUAUCCUUUUCCAAAGAUCAGUAUAAAACACAUGUUAGAUCUCUAAACAAAAGCUAAUGUUGAUGGUUGUAGGCUCUACUCAAUAAAUCAGACCUUCAAUAAAUAACAGGCAGUGUCAUGUUUACUUAUAUUUGUGCCGCACAGUCGAAGACUAACUUAAAAUCUCUCUUUGCAAUCGUGUUUCUCAAUGCACAAUACGUCGAUGAUUUCUGUGUUAUAAGUUUUGCAUAUUCAGCAAAGAACAAAGGAAUAUAUAUUGGUGGAGAUUUAAUUGUUUCGAUCUUGUGAGGGUAAAUGCGUCAUAGGUUCCAAACUGGAGCUAUCGGUGUGUAUGAUACGGUAAUUAUGGCACCUCGCAUUGAUUGGAGUAACCCUGAGGGUAACAGCAUUUAAGGGUCACAAAGUUUGAUAUCAUAAUUGUUCCCUAGGGGUAUGAAACAAGCUGGCGGCAGCCAGAAUUCCAUUGGCGAGAAAUCACGUGUUCGGCAACUAUUUUUAGCAUCCUAUAUAUGCUGGAGAACCUGGAAGACGGGUUGUCAUAAACGGCAAACCUUCUUGUGAGUCGGACGAUCCGACACGGAGGGUUACCGCCCAUGUGUACUGAGUGAAAUUAACUGUAAAAUAUCACUGGGUGGUACCGGUAACUUAUUAUACGCACAGAUUGUCUGUCAGCUUGCCUUCCAAGGUCAUGUCAACAAUCAAUUUUAUAAGUGCACUAAUGACAAAGAUUUCAGUUGAUUUACAGUUUGAUAACACUUUUUAUUUUGAAAGGAGCUUUAUGUAGAGUAAGAGUGACCUUGAUUAUGAGACUACUGUUUGCUAACUGUGCAAGGUGACGAGGUUAUAACAAGUCAAUAAAACAUAUCUUUGUA